UGUAACGCCAUUUCGGGGUCUAAGUUUGGUGCUUCACAACAAGGACUGAGAGAAAGAACGAGUCUUUAGAGUUGGUCCUUUGUGUUUACUCUGAGAGACGUAUCUUUAGACAAUAAAGGGGUUAAUAAGAUUUUUUUUUUCCCCAAAAGUUGGGCUUAUUCCGGUGGUUUAUAGCAAUGAGUUCAGCAUCCUAUUUUCAAAGUCAUUUCAGUUCUUCUGAUUGUGGGUCGACAAAGAUCCCAGUGGAGCACUUGGAUUAUGAUUACAUUGAAAAAUGCAAGGAUUCCAAGUAUUUGGAGAAAAUCCUGUUACUUCUCAGGUCUGGCAAGGAAGGAAUCUAUCCCCAUUUGAUCAAUUUCUGCGAGAAUCGACUGGAGAAACUGAACCCUCACAGCCGAGCUCUAAGGAAGGAAAUUCCUGUGGCCACAUCUGCUAGCCUUCCAGCAGAUGAGUGGAGCAACAUUGAAGAUGAUUUGAGGAACUGGCAAAAUGAAACCAAAAUGACAGAGACUUCCCUAAAAAGACAGCUCAUUAUGGAGGAUGUUGUGGAUCAAAACAUGCCACCAGUAAGAGGGUCCAACUGCUCUGUUCCACUUAGCUGGAAUUCAGAUCGUCAACAAAAGCGUAUCCAGCCAAGAGAUUAUCGAGAAUGGGACAAGUUUGAUGUGGAGAAAGAAUGUCAGAAAAUUGAUGGGGAUGUUAGUAGAAAUGACAAGCCUGCCAUUAAAAGUUCAAAUCUCAAGACAAAACUAGACUCUUCAGAUGACUGUAUUUUAACAAUACAUCCAGCACUGACAACAGAGGUGAGACAACGUCUAGCAGAGCGUGAAAAAGACAAAGGAAAUGAUGCUUUCAGAGCAAAUGAUUAUGAGGAGGCAAUUGCAUACUACUCCAGGAGCAUAUCCAUAAUGCCCACAGUGGUUGCAUACAAUAACAGAGCUCAGGCAGAGAUCAAGCUCAAGCAAUGGCAAAGGGCCAUGGAUGACUGCCUCAGCGUAUUGGAGCUAGAACCCUGCAACGUAAAAGCUUUGCUACGGCGGGCCUCUGUACACAGUGAAUUGGGGGACUUCGAAAAGGCUGUUGAAGACCUUACACUGGUGAUGAGGCAAGAGCCACAGAAUGUUACAGCCACUCAACUUCUGUCUGAAACUACAAAGAAGAUGACAGAAGCGCGACAGGGAAAAGCGAAAAAAGGGAGAAAAAUCAUCAUCCAUGAGGAGGAGGAGGAUAAUUUCGAACAGCCUGCACCGGAUCAAACUGAUUGUCCGGUAGAACCCAGCCAGCCUGUGGGAGGGGACUGGUACUCAUCAGCUCCUGCGGACAGGGGAGACAUGGGUAACGCGCAAAAGCGGCCCCACGGUAAAGGGGACGGAGCCCCGCACAACGAGUCCUCUAAUUCCCAUCAUGGACACUGGAGGGGCAAAGGUGGCACCUCAGACAAGUACAAACUCCCGCAAGAACCCAAGGAAAAGGUCGCCAACGGAAUAGCCAAGAGGGGCUCAACAGUUUCAGCUCAGGCUGAUCAAGUUAGUAGCAGCAGCAAGGAGACUCCACCAGGUACAAAUAUUGGAGAACCUGUCAAUCUUGAUGCACCGUGUGGAGCUCUCCCGUUGUCGCUAUCCCGCUUAAAGAAUGAAGGAAACCUGCUGUUUAAGAAUGGACAGUUUGGUGAUGCACUGGAAAAAUACUCCCAAGCCAUUCAAGGAUACAGUGAUGCAGGUAUUGAUAGUCCAGAUGAUCUGUGUAUUUUGUACUCUAACAGAGCAGCUUGCUACCUGAAAGAUGGCAACAGUCAAGACUGCAUACAGGACUGCACACAAGCCCUGGAGCUACAGCCGUUCUGCCUCAAGCCCCUCCUUCGCCGGGCCAUGGCUUAUGAGUCUCUGGAGCGCUACCGCAAGGCCUACGUGGAUUACAAGACUGUUCUGCAGAUAGAUGUCAGCGUGCAGGCAGCACACGACAGUGUGAAUAGGAUCACCCGCUUGCUGAUUGAGCAGGAUGGUGCAGACUGGAGAGAGAAACUCCCAGAUAUCCCUUUGGUUCCUCUUUCGGCCCAACAGCACCGUAGAGAGGAGCCACCCAGCACCGAGGUUCUCCAAGCUCGAGCCGAGAAAGCUGCCAAGGAUGCAGAAAGGAAAGCAGAAGCUCGUUUUGCGGAUUUCAAGCAAGAUGGAAACGAGUUUGUGAAAAAGGGCCAAUAUCAGGAUGCACUUGGAAAGUAUUCGGACUGCCUUAAGAUAAAGCCCGAUGAAUGUGCUAUCUACACUAACAGAGCCCUAUGCUAUUUGAAGCUGGAGAGGUUUUCCGAGGCAAAGCAAGACUGUGACGCAGCACUCAAACUGGAGCCUGGCAAUAAGAAGGCCUUUUACAGACGAGCCUUAGCCAAUAAAGGACUUAAGGAUUACCUAGCAUGCAGCACAGACCUCCAGGAGGUGCUGCAGCAGGAUCCCAAUGUGCAGGAGGCAGAGAAGGAGUUGGAGGAGGUCACAAUUCUGCUCAAGCAAAGUCUCGCCACUGAAUCACCUGCUAAAUCCAGGAAGAUCAUCCCCGUUACAGAGGUGGAAGGUGAUCAGAAAACACCAACGGUUGCAAAGUCUGACAGCUGUUUGAAAGAGGAGUUGGGUAACAACUUCCAACCAAACAAUGCAUACGAGUUCGGCCAAGCUUUAAACAACGCCUGCAGCAGCGGCAACAUGGCGGCUUGCGCCGAUAUGUUGGCGUCGACAGCUCCCGAGCUGUUGCCGCAGUUUUUGAGCACUCAACUCAACGGGCAGACUAUCAGCUUCAUUGUGAAAGUGCUGGACACGCACCUGCUGGAGAAAGACCCCAACCUCGUUUACAAACACCUUUGUCAUCUUCAUAAUGCUGACAGGUUCUCGGUGGUUCUGAUGCUGUUAGAGAAAGAUGACCGUCGCCACGUGAGCCAACUGUUUGAGCACCUGUCAUCUGUUGAGAGCACUGAGUUCACCAAGAAUGAUGUUCAGAACCUGGCCAACAAAUACAUCUGACUAGUCAGCAUCUUCCCUGCCCAGCCCGUACCGCAUGAGCUGCUGCUGCUGCUGCUGCUGCUGCAUCAUCACAACUCUCAGAUCUAUGCAAAACUUCCAAAAAAAAAUGCGGGUUGCUGAAGAAUGUGUCACAAAGUAAACACAUUCACAGUUGUGUGCUGGGAAUGGGAUGAAAUUGUACAGUAUGUUUAAAGUGAGUGUAUAAGGAAUAUAUAUUUUCUUUGAAGACAAUUUUGCUAUGGAAAAUUACUUUUGUAUCACCAUGUAUAAUCAUUUAUGCAGAAAGGGCACAGUACUAUGGACCUUGAGUGUACUGGUCAUUUUGGCCAAAGAUGAGCCAAAUGUUCUCAUUUUAGUACAGCCGCCCAGCACUUGUGGUCCUUGCACUUUCAGUCCUUACACAUCGGAAUGUUGAUGAAUGAGCUGCUGUUUAAGCUGCUGAAACUCAGUGCAUGAUGACUUUCAUUUCAGGGAUUUUUGAGCUAUUUAAAAGUUUCCUUGCUUUGGGGGAAAUAAUCACAAAGUUCAACAACUGUAUAAUUUAUUGAAGACAUAGAGUGGCAUGACAUCUUAGAACUGUUUAGCGCAGUAAAGGGCAACAGUAUCUACGUAUUGACUUGGUGAAAAUACAACUUGAAACUUAGAAUUGCCUUUACUUUGGUGGUCUUUUUUUUUCCCCCUACGUGGCAUUUAGUACACUGCAAAGACACACCUCCUUAAAACUACCGUAAUUUUCGACUUUUUUCCCUCAGAAUCCUGCGGUUCAUGGUCCAUCGCGGCUUAUUUGUCGAUUUAUAUGGGUUAAUAGGUAACACUUUAUUUGACAGCAGCGUCAUAACUAUGACAUAACACUGUCACGGGCAUUACGGAAUACUUAUGACAGAUGUCAUUAGGUGUCAUCCAGCAAAUUAUGGCACUAACUCCAUUUAUGUCCAGCUCGGAUAUUUUACAACCAUUCAAAAGUGAUAUAAUUUGCCGGAUG